AGCCCCGGCCCCCUGACGUCGGCGCACGUCAGCGGCGGCGCGCGCCUGGCUGGGCCCUGCGGAGCGGGAGGGAGUGAGCGAGGGAGCGAGCGGAGCGGCGUCGCCGGAGCCCAGCCGCGCCGCCGGCCCGCCAGCCCGCGCUCCAGUCCGCCGUGUCUAGCAGCGGGGCCCAGCAUGGUCAUGGCGGAUGGCCCGAAGCACUUGCAGCGCGGGCCGGUCCGGGUGGGGUUCUACGACAUCGAGGGCACGCUGGGCAAGGGUAACUUCGCUGUGGUGAAGCUGGGGCGGCACCGGAUCACCAAGACGGAGGUGGCGAUAAAAAUAAUAGAUAAAUCCCAGCUGGAUGCAGUGAACCUUGAGAAAAUCUACCGAGAAGUACAAAUAAUGAAAAUGUUAGACCACCCUCAUAUCAUCAAACUUUACCAGGUAAUGGAGACCAAAAAUAUGUUGUACCUUGUGACAGAAUAUGCCAAAAAUGGAGAGAUUUUUGACUACCUUGCUAAUCAUGGCCGGUUAAAUGAGUCUGAGGCCAGGCGCAAAUUCUGGCAGAUCCUGUCUGCUGUCGAUUAUUGUCAUGGCCGGAAGAUUGUGCACCGUGAUCUCAAGGCUGAAAAUCUCCUGCUGGAUAGCAACAUGAACAUCAAACUAGCAGAUUUCGGUUUUGGAAAUUUCUUUAAAAGUGGUGAACUGCUGGCAACAUGGUGUGGCAGCCCUCCUUAUGCGGCCCCUGAAGUCUUUGAAGGGCAGCAGUAUGAAGGACCACAGCUGGAUAUCUGGAGCAUGGGAGUGGUUCUUUACGUCCUUGUUUGUGGAGCUCUGCCUUUUGAUGGACCAACUCUUCCAAUUUUGAGGCAGAGAGUUUUAGAAGGAAGAUUCCGGAUUCCCUAUUUCAUGUCCGAAGAUUGUGAGCACCUUAUUCGAAGGAUGUUGGUCCUAGACCCGUCCAAACGGCUAACCAUAGCUCAAAUCAAGGAGCAUAAAUGGAUGCUUGUAGAAGUUCCUGUUCAGAGACCUGUUCUCUAUCCACAAGGGCAAGAAAAUGAGCCAUCCAUUGGGGAAUUUAAUGAGCAGGUUCUGCGAUUGAUGCACAGCCUUGGAAUAGAUCAGCAGAAAACCAUUGAGUCUUUACAGAACAAGAGCUAUAACCACUUUGCUGCCAUUUAUUACUUGUUGGUGGAGCGUCUGAAAUCACACAGGAGCAGCUUUCCUGUGGAGCAGAGACUGGAUGCCCGCCAGCGUCGGCCCAGUACCGUGGCUGAACAAACAGUUGCCAAGGCCCAAACUGUGGGGCUCCCGGUGACCGUGCACUCCCCAAACGUGCGGCUGAUGCGGUCUGCCCUCCUCCCUCCCGCAUCCAACGUGGAGGCCUUUUCAUUCCCAGCGUCCAGCUGUCAGGCAGAAGCAGCCUUUAUGGAAGAAGAAUGUGUUGACACACCAAAGGUUAAUGGCUGCCUGCUGGACCCUGUGCCUCCCGUCCUCGUGAGGAAGGGGUGCCAGUCGUUGCCCAGCAACAUGAUGGAGACGUCUAUCGAUGAGGGGCUGGAGACGGAGGGGGAGGCUGAGGAAGACCCCAGCCAGGCCUUCGACGCGUUCCAGUCCACGCGCGGUGGGCAGAGACGGCACACUCUGUCAGAAGUGACCAAUCAGCUGGUCGUGGUGCCUGGUUCAGGGAAAAUUUUCUCCAUGAGUGACAACCCCUCCCUUGACAGUGUGGACUCUGAGUAUGAGAUGGGGUCUGUUCAGAGGGACCUGAACUUUCUGGAGGACAACCCUUCCCUUAAGGACAUCAUGUUAGCCAAUCAGCCGUCCCCACGCAUGACCUCUCCCUUCAUCAGCCUGAGACCUGCCAACCCAGCCAUGCAGGCUUUGAGCUCCCAGAAGCGAGAGGCUCACAACAGGUCACCAGUGAGCUUCAGAGAGGGCCGCAGGGCGUCGGAUACCUCCCUCACCCAAGGAAUUGUGGCAUUUAGACAACAUCUUCAGAAUCUGGCUAGAACCAAAGGAAUCCUAGAGUUGAACAAAGUGCAGCUGCUGUAUGAACAGCUAGGGCCAGAGGCAGACCAGGACUUGGCCCCAGCGGCACCCCAGCUCCAGGACCUUGCUGGCGCUUGCCCUCAGGAGGAAGUUUCUCAGCAGCAGAAAACGGUCUCCACUGUCCCCAGCAGUGUGCGUCCUCAGCUGUCCCCACGGCAAAGCCUGGAGGCCCAGUACCUACAGCACAGACUCCAGAAGCCCAGCCUUCUGUCCAAAGCCCAGAACACCUGUCAGCUUUAUUGUAAGGAAGCCCCGCGGAGCCUGGAACAGCAGCUGCAGGAACACAGACUCCACCAGAAGCGACUCUUUCUGCAGAAACAGUCUCAGCUGCAGGCCUAUUUUAAUCAGAUGCAGAUAGCGGAGAGCCCGUUCCCGCAGCCCCUUCCCCGCCAGGAGGCGUCUGCGCAGGCGCCGCCGCCCCCGCCCUUCGGCCUGGCCCAGCCUCUGAGCCCCGUCCUGGAACCCGCCCCGGAGCAGAUGCAGUACAGCCCCUUCCUCGGCCACCAGUACGAGGACCUGCGGCUGCAGCCCCUGCCCUCCUCGCCCGGGCCCCGGGCCCCUGCGCUGCCCGUGCACCUGCAGCAGCAGCAGCAGCAGCAGCCACCUCCGCCGCCCCCGCCGCCGCCCCCGCAGGCGGGAGCCGCCCCCGCGCCCCUCCGCUUCCCCUAUCAGACUUGCGAGCUGCCGGGGGCGGCCUCCCCUGAGCCGGACUAUCCCCCGCCCUGUCAGUACCCUAUGGAUGGAGCCGCACAGAGCGGCCUCCCGGCCCAGGACUGUCCCAGGAGCUCAGGACUGCAGGAGGCCACCUCCAGCUACGACCCCCUGGCUCUCGCCGAGUUCCCUGGACUCUUCGAUUGUGAGAUGCUGGAGGCUGUGGAUCCACAGCACGGGGGCUACGUCCUGGUAAAUUAACCUCAGCGCAGGAAGUGAGGCGGGUCAAGUGAGGGAAGAAUGUGGAUUUCUAUUUUUUUUCCAGCCUUUUAAGUGUCAAGCUUACUUUCCUGCCCUCUCCCAAAAGGAGAAAACCACGUUGCCCAACUGGAAUCAAGAGGGCCUGGCCAGGCGCGCAGCGCUUCCUCUUGGCUCUGUCUCACCGCGGUCUUGUGGGGCGAGGGGCUGGAACACGUCGGAGCUGAAGCCCGUGCCCUUAGAUCAAGUGGAGAAACGCCGGUGGGAGGCGCUGACAGAUGUUGUCAUGAGACAUCCAGACCUAGGUUUCCUGUAGACCUACAGCAGUUCGUUAUCGGGGGAAACCUUGGUGAACAGCUGUGUGCCAUUAGAUCUGGGCAAAACGAAACACACAAAAAAUGCAAUAUAUUUUUCACUGAAGCCAAGCGACAGCCCGUCGUGUUCAGGCAGGUCAAGAAUACGUAGUGGGAUUUGACGCAUAGGAAGGAAAAUUGUGCUCGGUCACCGAAUCCUAAGUUUGAAGCUGCUGAUGCAGGUUGUCCCCAAGACCACUGCAAAGCAGGGGGACGUGAGCUUUGUUUCAGGGGCUGCUGAGUGACAGCCGGGACUGAGCCUUGAUACUGGCAGUCGUCUCCACCCGGAGCAGUGACUUUCCCCCACCCCCUCCCUUUUCAGAGGUUUCUGGGGCUCCUACUCUGUUACCUGUAGAACCAAGAGACCCACGCAGUGGAGACCGGGGAGCACCGGCCCUGGGCCAGGGGAGGAUGGGCUCUUCCCGCAGAGUCUUCUGUGGAGACCGCUGCUCCCGGGCGGUCAGUCUUCAGAGGGCCUUGCGGCUCUUUUAAAAUGUAGUCACUACUUUGACUUUAUACUCUAUGUUGCUAGUAGUUUAUGGAGCUUUGUACAUUUGGACAGUUUCAUGUAGGGCUUAGCAAUUCUAAGGACAAGAAAAAUGAACUUCGAUCUCCCAUGUGAAGUGGUAGUGCCGUGCCUUUUUUGCCCAGACUGUGCUUUAAUUCUUUCUUUUCUGUAGAAACCAACAGUUUUCCAUUUAUGUCAAGGCUGAAUCCAAAGUCCCUUCGGAGUUUGUUUUCCACCAUGUGGGAAUCGCGUUCUUCAUUUCCUUCAAAGUUUUAACUUGUAAUGAAAUGUUCAAGUAUUACAGCAAUAUUCAGAACCACAGAUGUGUUAACCAUCUAGCAGACCAUCUGCCAAACACGUUCUAGGACUAGCGAAACGUAACCUUAACCCUUCCAAUUCACUCAUCAGAGGAAGUCAAAGCUAGAUGCACCAGCUGGUUCAUUGUGUACCUAGAAGGAGCGAGUAACCACCCAGCGUUACAAACCCAGUGUUCCUGACAGACGGUCGUUUGUCCUGUAGCCCGGCCUGUCCUAGCAGCAGGUGACUGGGCUGAGCACAAAGUGUCACAAAGCACAAAGAGAGACACUACACUGAUGCUGCAUCUAGAAACACCUUUAAGUUGCCUUUCCUCUUUGUAGUCUGCCCGAGCAGGUGAGAAGCCCCUAGCCCAGUAUCAGGGAGGGGCUCUGCAGGGGGGGGGCGGGGUGAGGGUCCGGGGUUAGCAAGAGAGGGUGCGGUGGAGGACUGUUGUUUUUUUGAUGGCCACAACUCAUGAAAACCCAGGAGGAAUGAAUUCUGUUCAUUCUGUGGAUUAUUUAUUCCUCCUCGUGCUUCAGAUUCAUGGUUUCGGAAGAUAGAGAACAUCGUUUCAUUUAAGCGAUGCUUGUGUUACCAUCUCUAACCUGUUUUCAGUCUGCAAAAUAAGCCAGUUAUGAAACACGGUUUGAUUUUAGACUAAAGGAUUUUUUUCCGAAAUCUACAGAAGCGCUGUAGUAUUUGUGAAAUUAAAAUGCCUUCCGGUCUGAAACUGGGGUCGCAAGAAUGGCACUUGGAGGUGGACACAGAGGCCGUGGGCCAUGAGCCUGGGAAACCUCUGAGCUGUGGCUGACAGGUGAGGCCGGCCCGGGGGGACAGUCCCAGCAGCCACCAGGCCUGGGAGGCACUCCCCCAGUGAACAGCGUGAACCACUCUGCCGGACCCGUGUCGUAAGCUCCCGUUUGCUUUCCUCAUUUCAAGCAGCAAUCAAUAAAUUCCACAACGAUCGUCUUGACUGAAAUGUAAGCUGGUGAGCGGAGACUGGUGGUGGUCAAGUGUUUUCCCAGCCCCGUGUGAUCUGUCCCCUAACUAGUGACCUCUGUACGCUUCCGAGUUUUCACACACACUAAGAUGACACGAAGAAGGCUUCGUAUUGCUCUGUUUGUGAGGCUUCUUUGAAAUCCUCUUUCCAGUCUGUUUCACGUUAGCAGUGUGUGCACUACUGUAUAGUAACCAUUAGCUUUAUUGUCUUGUAAACCAGGCUCCUCUGAAGAGACUUUGGUGAGAUGAACGUGAGGUAAAAAUGUCAUUCGGCAAAAAGUGCAAUACGCGUGGUACUUUUAUUUUUUAUGUUCUUUUUUAAUCCAGGGGUAUCAGUCUCUGCUUUGGGAGAAAUGCACUAGGUCUGCAAUUUCCAGCUGGGCAAGUGUGUCUCUGGGAUUUACAUGCAACUGAUAUGCUGGUCCCUGUAAGAGAACGUACAGUGUGUCCUCGGACCCGUGUGGGGGGCUUACCUUGGCCACAUCUGUACCCCUCAACCGGGCUAUCUCUACUGCCUCCUCGGAAGCCGCCCGAGCCGCGCGCUCUCUCUGUACGUAGACAUCAAAGGUAAAAACUGGAGAACAGGUAGUAAGUUGGAGUCAUUGUAUAGGCAGGAAUCUUUGAUCACCGUGUUAAGGCUACAAAAACUUCCCAAAACAUCUUCAGAAGGGCGAAAGACAAGAGCAGCAGCAGCUGUCCGUGUUUCUGAACUAGACAAAAACCUUUUUUUCAUGGACGUACGUCCUCUGCCAGGCGCAGUGUGUGGCCCUGCUCGGCCAGUGGCCCGGAGGGGGUGGGGGCGCAGGCAGGUGUCCUACCCCCACAUGGAGCCUCCCGCUCACACCCCACCCUGCAGCCGGGAGCCCUGCCGGUUCCCACCCUGGCCCUCAGCUCCCCUGCGUGAGAACGUGUGUACGUUCAUCCAGUACUAUCAAGUUAGCUGAUAGUAACCAGUCUAUCAAGUUAGCUGGACACAGGCUCACCUCCCACAGCUGAGGAAACCAAGGCUCUUCCAAGUUGAGGCGACCUGACAGAGCGAGCAGAGCCCGUGCAGGAGGGGCCAGGACAGGCUCUGGGGUUUUCCAGCUCCUCACGCAGGCUCUUCCCCCACCACCCCCACCGCGGUAGCAUUGGACUCUCCUAGUGAGCCCCCAAACAGAGCCCCAUCUUAGCAAAGUAGCAGCUGAAGGGGGCUCUGGCCCUGCAACCGGAUUCUCCCCUUGGCAGCCGCCUGGCUUCGGGGAAGAGGCGCCUGCAGGGACAGGCUACAGCCCUGGACCCCGUAUCCUUCAAGGGCCCGCUUAACCACCGGAGGUCAGACUCCCAGCCCGCAUGUCUGGUUCCUUCUAGUCGCAUGACGCUCACUUCCUAGAGGAGUAGGAGGAGCGGAUGGAUGGUGGCAGUGCUCACCCUGCCCUGACGGUGGAGCCUCUGCUCACCCCACCCCCCGGGCUCAGCCCCAGGGAGGCCCUUGGAGAACAAUCUGGAAAGCUGCCUGGCCUCGAGGAGGGACCUUACCAUUUCUUUACAGGGAAGGUCCGUCAGACACAAGUGCUGAUUAGACACUUUGAGGGAUGAAAAAAGAUAACCCACUCUGAACAGAGGCAGGGUAGGUGGGUGGGUGGGUGGGUAGAGGGGAGCUGUGAAAGAGGAAGUACAAAACAGCACCCUGGAGAAACACGACCCCGGCCUAGGAUACGGUCACAUGAGCCAACAGCGAAAACCCGGACGGCUGCUGGCUGGGUGAUGUGUGUGCCGGUUCAACAUCUCCAUCAAGGCCAUGCGAGUGGCGAUGGCUUCCCACUAGGGGUGGAAGAAACCCGCCUUGGCCAAGAUCUCCGAAGGGAAAAGAAGCAGAAAGAAAAGGUCCGCUUCUCUUAGGGGACUGCAAUUUAAGAAAUAAAAGUGAUCGAGAUAUUUGCACUUUGUGGAAAGGGCAAGAUUAUUUGCUUAUUUCUGAAAGGAGGAGGGUUGGUCUUUGGUUUUGUGAAAGAGUUCCUUUUGAUAAAAAUCUAAUUGUAGUUAUUUUUUCUGUGUGCUUUUUUUUUAAGUUACUAAGAAAAAAUGGUGAGUUCAAUAGCUUUGGUAUUUUGAGUGCAAAUCAUAAUAGCUCCAAUGUGAAAAAAUAAAAAUCAAAAUGUAACCUGUCCCUCACUGUUAGAAAAUUGCCUAAAAUGCAGUUUAAUAAAUGAUCUUUGUUAUCAAAUGGUAAUUUAAAGGGGGUAAUUUUCUGCGAAGAAAAUGUACUGUUUUUAUGUUUCCAACAUAAAAUUGAACUAAAAUAAAAACAACUUGUUUUCUAA